UUAACUCAAAAUUUUAGGAGGAAAGCAAAUUCUUCAAAUAAAGCGAAAACCCCGUAAAAAUUGUGAAUGGGUUUUAGGGUUUAGGGAUUUUUCAUUUUUGUGCUGAGAUUCGAAUCUGUGUUUUCUAGGGUUUCGUUGAUAUGGAGGGCGGGGAUAACAUAUUGGAUGAUAUAUUGGAAGAUGAUAACUUGAAUGACGACGAUGAUGAUGUUGAGAUGGUUGAUAUUGAAGAAGGAGAGUUGGUGGAGAGUGUUGCGGCGCAGAAUGGUGUUGGAGGAGGAGAUGCUGAUGAAGCCAUGAAGAAAUCCAGUGAUGAGAACAAGAACAACAUGCGUAGAGCUAAGAAGAAGAAGACGAAGAAUAAGAAGCGAAAGAGGCAGGGUUUUGGAGCUGUUGGAUUCAACAUUGACAGGUUUGUGAUAGAUACAUGUCGGCGUCUGAAAGAGAAGAAGUCAUACAUGGUAUAUACAGCCAUAGGUUGCCUUGGUGUCUCUGCACUAACUGAGCUUGUCAAAGAGGUGGAUGCAAUACAAGCUUGUGGAGGCCAGGAGACUGCUGACGGUAAGCGCCUACGGACUGGAGGUGGUGUAUUAUGGGGAAUAAUUAAACAUCGAGAACCGCAGGCCUACAAAGAGAUCAUGAAAAAAGCAAGUGAGUUUGAGAAACAAUUCAGGCAGCCAAAUCUGAAGAAGCAACACCCCUUGCAAAAGAAAGAGGAAUCUUCUGAAGGGACGGCCAUUACAGUUGCCGGCGAACAUCAGGGCAAUGCAUCUGACAAUAACUUGCUGGCAUCAUCCGAAAUGAAAGAUCAACUUGAACCACCAUGUUCCGAGGAGAAAGAGAAAGACAAACGUAUUCCAGUUCAUGAAAGAUUAAGGAUACCAGUUUCCUAUGAUGAUGAAUUGCUUGGACUGAAUGCAGAUAAUGAUGCAGCUUGAGCCUGAACCACUUUAUUCUGUGACUUAGGUUUUCUUAUCUUUAAUUAUUUUAUAAUUGAAUUUAUGUGGCAGUUUCCCUCCCUUUUUUCUUACAUUAUAGGUACUAAAUUUUCUUUUACUAUCUUCAACUAAAAUUUUAUUUAUUUUUUCA